AUGCAGAGAGAAAUGAGCGAUAUUUUAAAUGCAAUAACUAAAGAGCAAACGCAGAAGAGUAGCACAAUAAAGAAGGAGGCGCAGACAGCACAGCAGCUAAUUGAGCAAUACAGUGGGAAGGAAAAGGAGUUCUAUCAAUACAUAAAAGAGAAAAAAUUGGCACAGCUACCAUUUAUAAAAUCGCUGCAGGAGAUACCUGUCAAAAACAGACUAUUCUUCCAAUCUCUUCAAGUAUUGCAUAAGCUAAUCACGCGAAAUAGCAUAUCACAAGACUUCAUUCCAUACAUUCUGGAAGAGUUUGAGAAGAAAAUACAGGCACAUCCUGAAGUCCAGCUAAGGGUUUUACAGCUGCUGCAGCCUCUUACAGAAGAUCCUCUCUUAGUAAAGGGGUCUAAUUUGCAAAAGCUUUUCAAAAUAGGCAUUCAGCUAAUAAAAGCAUCUAAAGAUGCAGGUGCUUGCAAAAUAACUGUAUUUUAUGUGGUUGAAUGUAUAUUUGAAAGGGUUGGUGCUUUUAAUAAAGAAAGCAGCGAAGACUUAGCAAAUAAGGAAAGCGCAGAGCAGGAUUGCUUGGUAAUAAUGAAGAUUUCACUGGAGGCAGCAAAGGGGCCGGAGAUCCUUGGACUAGAUCUGCUUCUCACAUGUGUUUCCAACAAGUUUUCAAAGGACGCAAUAAGCAGCCCUGGAGGCGCUGAGCUCCUUGAAAAAACCAUAGAUUUUAUAAUGAAAGAAAUUACAGAGAAAGAUGCGGCGCGGAUAAAAACCGCAUUUGCAAUAUGCAUAAAGAUACUUACAAAUGUCAUUAUGGAUAAGCACGCUGGCUUAAGCAUUCUUCUAGAGAUAAAGCAGGCAGAAAUGCUGCAGGAGAAUGAAGUGCUAAAAGAGGAGUUUAUAUACGCCCUUCCGCAUCAUAUAGUAAUGGAGUGCCUAAAAAGCAGUAAAGAGCUAUCGGAGGAAAUAUUUGACCUGGAAAGGGAAGGACCUCUUUUAGAUAUAAUCCGAAUAGGGGAGGGGCAAAAGAUGUUACUAGCCAUACAAGAAAAAGAAAAAAACAAUGUUUCCGAAAGUAAGUCACUAAAAAUGACAAAAAUUGUUGAGAUUGCAUGCACACUAAAAGACCCCGAGAUCCUGCCUUUGUUUAUUCCAUACUUUAUCUAUUUGAUAGAGAAUAUAAGCUGUUCUACAGAAACAUGGCCUGCACACACACUUUCAAAGUUGAAGAGUGCGGUUGAGAAUUUAGUGGAUGGCGCAAAGAAUGAGCUAGGCAUACUGAAUAUGCUGAUUAGAUCUCUCUAUACUGCAGCAGAAAAGUACCCUCGUGUGUUUUUCAAUCUAGCGUUUAAAAUUACAUUUUUACAAUGCAGUACAAUGACAGAAUGGAAGGAGUUUUUUGCACUUUGUUCGCGCAUCCAGGACAGCACACCAGAAUUAAACUCGUGGAAUAGCUCAAUUGAGAGGCUUAUGAAGUCAGAUCCUGCAUGCCUGAGGGUAGCUCUGCAGGGUGGAUGUCAAGCUGCAAACAUUCCGCUGAGCAGAUUUCUUGCUCUUUUCUUUUCUAUAGGGCAUCGGAUAGAGGAUUUCCCUUGCGAGGCAAUUGAAUACAUUGAAAAAAUCUUUUUUCCAGGAACAGAGACUACAAAAAGCACGGCAGAAGAGCAGGUUGUAUAUUUCUUUAACGAAUAUUUCAAAGUAAAAUUCACUGAGAAAAUACAUAUAAUGAUAUUUCCAGAGAUAGUUCGAAUAUUCUCGCUGGUGAAGAACCAGAAUAGAGACAUUUCUCUUGCGAAGACUGUUUUGCAAGCGAUCUCUGAUGGAAUAAAAAGAACGGGAGAAGCGCUUGGGAAGGGAUGGGUUAGCCUGUAUGAAAUGCUUAUGGAUGCAGCAGAGGAGGAAGAUCUUCGGAGGAUAGUCUUUGAGACCAUUAAAGUCAUAACAGAAAGAAUGCUGCUAUACCUGCCAGAUGGUUGUCUUAUCUCAACACAUAAAUUGCUCUGCAUGUGCUGCAAGCUUAUAAUAGAGGACAACAUAUCCUUUCAGGCGCUUUUCUCGAUUAGAGACCUGACUGAGUACAUUCAUACAGAGAAAGACAAGGUUUCAAGAGAGCAGCAGAUUGAAAUAUUCCACGCAACCAUGUGUCUUUUGUGCAGCGUAGGAUAUGACCAAAGGGAUGAUGUAAGAGACUCUGCAAUUGUUCAGGCGUUUGAAACCAUCUACUUCUGCCAAAGACUAGAUCUCCUUCCGUGGGACUCUCUUAUUACAAUAUUUUUAAAGCGUCUUCUUUCUGCUGCAGUAUAUGCGAAAGAAAAAGAAAUAUACUCCGGAGAGUAUGACGAGAAGUCAAGCGACUCUGAUGAUUUGCCAACUAAUGGAACGUGUGUGUGCAAAGGAGUUGGAGGUUGCUUCAUCCCGCCAUAUACUACAGAGAGCCAUAAUACUGCUAGAUCACUUGAAAGCGCAAAAAAGAUUCUUUUAGGGGUAUCCAGCCUUGUGUUCAACCAUUUCGAGGAAAUGAAAGAGCAUAAAGGCUUUUAUUCUCUAUGGAAGUACAUUGGGCGGAUAUUUGUCAAGUUCUUUGCAGACCCAAAUAUGAAAAGCACAGUUAUUUUAGCUGCAAGUCCUGGGCUGCAAAGCUCUCUUCCCCCAAAAUACCGCCUUUCUCUUUUUGCAACAAUCUCUGACAUUUGUUUUCUAUACACACAAACAGAAGACUCUCUGGAAACACUUGUUGAGAUGCUUAAGCAGUCUUACAGGAGUAUUCAGCCAGAGAGCAAAAACAGCGAGCAUUCCACAGUGUUUUUCAAGACCAUUACGCAUCUAUUGAAAAACAGCACAGUAGAGGAAAACCAAGCGCUUACCUUUCUGGAGUUUGAAGCACUUGAGUCUCUUAAGUCUGAAAGCAGCCAAACAGCUAAAAUCAAGGUUCUUUUGGAAUGGAUACCAAUCCCGCACACCCAUCCCGAAAAGAUAUCAGAGCAGUUUGUUGUACAAUGCAUAGAGCAAUUAGAAAAAGAAAUUCUCGUGCAUAAGGACAUCCAGACAGACGAAAGAAGCGAAUCCAUUCGCAUUCUUCUAAUGUACCAUAAGAAAAAAGACGUCCAGGUGCUGUGCUGGAACCGAGCAAUGAUAUGUCUCCAGAGAAUACUUGAACUAGAGGCUCAGAGUGAGGGAAUAAGCCACUUAAAGCUGAUAUCUUGCGAGAUAUUUGGGCUUCCCUCUGAAGAAAUAGAUGAUAUCCACACUUUUCCUAAGCCUGCUAUACAAAGCAAAGCUACAGAGCAGCGAAUAAAAAAGGAGGAGAGGAGCAUACAGGAUCAUCUGGUGUUUCUUGAGGCGCUGACUGAAAUCCUAAAGGAUGAAAAGGUUAUGGAGGUAUACACUGUUGUACGAAAUCUCUGGGACUACACGGUGAGAAUGAAUCUGCACAUCCUGCACUUGACCACCACAAAAACGCUUUGCCGCAUCCUUACAUCAAAGAAAGAGUUGGCGGUGCAGGCAGAGGACUGGAUAGACUGCUGUUUACAAAACUACAACGCAAGCACGCGCAUAGAAAGAUCCAAGCACUCAUUUUUCCAGAGGCAGGCUGCUCUCUAUGUUUUGCAGCAGAUACUUAGCAAAAAAAUGCCAAUUCCCAAAUCAAAGAAAUUUCUGCCUGAGCUAAUUCUAUGCAUCUCAUCAGAUGCCCCGGAUGUGUCUACAGUUGCUACAGAAGUACUAGAGUACUUUGUGUCAAAUAAAUAG